GAAGAAAAGUAAAACCACAUGAGCUGGAGUAGAAUUGUAGGUAGCUCACUAGCUAGCAGUGGAGUAAAUGUUGUGGGGAUUAAAAUAAAAACGGAUUCAGUUCAUCCCUGUGGGUGGAGGGUUUAAGGGGUGUAAACUAUAGUGUUAUUGCCAAGAAAGAUCUGAAAAAAUUGUGUACUUAUGCUUUUUAAAGAGACAUUAGCUCCCUUGUGGAAUGAACGUUACACUUGAACGUGUUUAUUUUCAUGACGGGUACAUGUGCCAUGUGAUACGGCAUCCUAACUGCUAUACUGCGGUACGACUUGUAUAACUAGCCUAUAACUAGUUUAUAUUUUUCCAGACAGGUGUGCAUUAGUCAUGUAUCUUUGUGGAAGAGGUGUGGUGUAUCUGCAGUCGAUGUGUAUAAAAGCACGGCAUGUUCACGUCGCUAAACUCUGCCAGACCUCCACAACCGUGCUUUCGCACAGCCGCUCACAGAAGGACAAAUGGAGAUUAUACGGGAUUCGGUACUUCAGCGAUCAGAGAACCGACUCAUCACCACUCAGUCACACAGCCAGCAAGAUUACAGAGCAGCAAACUCCUGAACACGGUUUAGUGCCAGUAAUGAUCUCUGAACUACAUGAACUUUCCAGUGCACCAGGACCAGUUCCUGCAGAACAGACCUCCAUCGAUUUGGAUGUACAGUCCAGUCUGUCUCCAUUUGAAGAAAUUAGUGAUGAAGAUGCCAUACGGAUCUUUGUGCCCCCCAACCUGCCACCCACCACGUUCACACUCCGAGAUUAUGUGGACAAAUCAGAGACCUUAACAAAUCUGGUUCAUUUAGAGGAAAGGCCUAAUGUGGGCUCUAUGCUGGUGCGGCUGAACUUUCAAGAAGAUGUGGUACCACUGCUCCUUUUCCUGAAAGAUCUGGGAGUUCAGGAUGUUCAGCUGGGCCUGAUGCUCACUAAAAACCCCUUUCUAUUUACUGAGAACUUGGAAAAUCUGCAAGCCAGGGUUUCAUAUUUGAAGUCGAAGAAAUUCAGUUCAGAGUCUGUUGCUGUGAUGGUGAGCAAAGCUCCAUAUUUACUGAACUUCAGUGUGAAGAGGCUGGACAACCGUCUGGGAUUUUUCCAACAGCAGCUGGGCCUUAGUGCUCACAAGACCCGAGACGUUGUGACUCGUCUGCCUAAGUUACUGUGUGGCAGUUUAGAGCCAGUAAAGGAAAACCUAAGGGUUUGUGAACUGGAGUUUGGGUUUCACAGAAAUGAAAUCCAGCACAUCGUCACUAUGGUUCCAAAAGUGUUAACAACUAAUAAAAGGAAAUUGACACAAAUAUUUGACUUUGUCUACAACACUAUGGGUGUUCCUCACAGUCUCAUUGCAAAGUUCCCACAGAUCCUGAAUGCAAAAUUCCUUCAUAUAAGAGAACGGCACCUCUUUCUUGAGUACUUGGGCCGUGCUCAGUAUGAACCCACUCAUCCCAACUACAUCUCUCUGGAGCGCUUGGUGGCCCUGCCUGAUGAAACUUUCUGCUCUGAAGUGGCAUUAGCCUCUCUAGAUGAUUUUGAAAGAUUUCAGAAAACUCUGUAAUAGUAAAAGUAACAUUGUGUCUGUGAGUGUCAAUUAUUACGAAUGUCUAGUGUUAAUAAUCCCCAAAAAAACAAGACUUUAGUUGCAAAGAAACAGGGUUUUAGUCAGGUGAGAGUCAAAACAUGGCCAAUUGUUUUACUGACUUGACCCUGCUAGAUAUAUUUCAAUGAUUAUGUGCAUAUAAAUUUGCUACAUAAAUUUAAAUAUGUAAUUUAUGAAGACAUAAAUUUGUACCUGAAGACUUGAAGUGAGCUCCAAGGUAAUGUAUUUUUUUUGAUUGUUUGUUUUUGUUUUACAUUUAUUUAAUGUUCAUGUAUAUGUUUUAUAUAAUGUUUAUAUAAAAACCGUUCCCAUAAUGAAGUAGAAACAUGGUUGAAGCUUACAAUAAAUGUACAAUUGUGAAUCACAUUUUUAAUUAAUUUCAAAAUAGCUGGCAAGAUAGUAAGGAAUAUGAAUACAUUCACUUUGUUUCAUCAGCUACGCUCUUGCUGUGAGUGGGGUGAGUAGCUUUAAAUGGAAAGAAAACAACUGGGCUUUGGUGGCAUAUAUACUGAAUUAAUCUAUUCAUAUGAAGUAUCAUAAGUAAAUAAAACAAGAUGGGAUGUGCUGUAUUGGAAAAUAAUAAGACAGGGUAGUUACCACUCCCAAGGUGAUUAUUUUCCAAUACCAACAUGUGUCAUGUGUUUUAUUCCUUUUGUACCAUAGCAAUUUGUCAAGGAUUACCAUUUUAAUUUAUUAAAGACUGACAUGUCAUAUAUUUGAUCUAUUUAUACUUUACCUCCAUUAAAUAAAAAUUUCUUGACCAGUC